GUUCAUCAUGGCGGAGUCAUUUCCUUGUGAACGGAAUCUGUUAUUCCAGCGGUGUGUUGGUAAAAUGAGUAAAAAGUGUUACCGAUCGUUUCUUUUAGACCUUGCAAACGUCUACCUUGGUCUGAAACCCUCGCUUCUCUUCGAUUACGCGGUUAUUGAUGCAACGAACGCAAGCAUUUUGAUCGAUGCCCUGGUUUUAGACAGUGUUGUUCCUUAUGCGUUGGACGUUCUUCAAAUUGGCGACGACACAUUCUUCGCUGACUUGAGAUAUUUGGUGAGUCAUUUAAAGACAUCUGUGGAGCGAGAAGAGCUUAUUUUAAUCGACGUUUCAGGAACAUUGUCAGAGCCUCGUAUGUUGGAAUCAGAUGCUUCGAAAAGCGUUUACAAACAGUUCUCUGAGAUUGUGAACAUUUUAGAUCAGAAAUUAGGAAAUCAGCGUUCGAACGAAACGCGAAGAGACAAUGCCAUUAAAAAAUCAGAGGUUAUAGAUUUAAAUAGUUGUAAUAUUAACGAUAGCAUGUGGUGUAUUCCUUGUGUUUUCGGCUUUCUUCUUGGUUAUCCAGUAAUUUACUGGUGCAACGAUCAGGAUACGUGUGUUAAUUGCAAUUGCCUCGGCAUGCUACCACUCAAUCGUUACACUGUGACUGUAAAAGAAUCAUUUUUGAUCCAUUCUUGGUUGAUGAAACAUAAUAAUGGACUUAUUCAAGCUUUAGGCAGAGGUACAAAAAGCUGCAGUGAACACGCUCUGUUUUCAUUCUCUGCCCCAGUAGCCCUCGAAUCUUGUUAUGAAUCAGAAGUUGAAGGGUGGAAGAAGAGAAUAAGGGAACCUGGAACUAGUGAGCACCUAAAGGUUCAGAAAACAGUAGUUUCAUUACCUCAUCUGGCUUUGUAAUAUUCUAUAUUCAAUGAUUUUACAGGAAUUCAUCUUAUUUCAUCAUUACAUAUUUGCUCACAACAACCAAAUUUGGAAGUCUUCCUUGCAGCCAUUCUUAUGCCUUCACACAAUACUCCUCUCCAUGAAUAAUGAGAGAGGUGUGUUGCUUGACAAAUCUAGGAAUGGGUUCGCAGGAGGGUACAAAAUUAGGUGCAAGUUCAAAAUUUGAGCCCAAGAAUACAUGACUGAUAGACUGUCCUAUCUUAGUUGCUUACUGGAGAUUGCUUUGCCUCUUUUUCAUCUAUACUGGCCAUGUAAGGGGACUGCCGUUUUAU